AUGGCUGCCGUCAGCACCUCACCUCCUCCCAUCUCAACCUCGCCCGGCGGCGAUGGCUUGGAUCAUCAUGGAUCCCCUAUCCAUGCCAUCUCGCCCGUUGACAGCAUCCCCCGAAAACCCGUUGCGAUUCCGCCCGUUGGCAACGCGCGCCUGCGUGAUGGACCCGUCUCCCCCGUUCGCGUCAACUUUCAGCAAGACAAUUGGGCACAGCCCUCCAACGCCGACAUUGAGCUUGCACGGCCUCAAGCCGCCCACUUCGAGCUGGCUGACAGGACACGCCGUCACGACGAGUCCGAGACGGGUGCCUCACUGCCCGCGGGGCCAUCUGCAGAGCUCCCCUCACUCUCCACCGGCGCGCACCAGCCGCAGGCUAACGGUCGCGACGCCUCAGCGAUAGAGUUCAGCCAUACACCGUUGGAGCUCAACCUCUCUGCAACGGCCGGCGUUGGGCCUGACCGGCAAGGCGCAACGGUCGCCAGUCCGAAGGACCGGGUCCGGAAUCAAGAUGUGUUCCGCAACAGUCGUGAGUCGGACGAGUCAGCCAGCACCACGCAGCAGCAUACCUCGGUCCAGUCCUCGGCGGCCACCAGCACGAGCUCCAUCUCGGGCAUCAUAGAGGCCGCCGAGUACUUGGCCAACGAGGACUCUCCGGGCAGCUCCAUCCUCGAGGGUAGCAUCCCCCGAAAUCAGUCAAUCCCACAAUUCCAGUAUCACCACCAGCAGGACUACCCCCAGCGGGUCAGCAGUGUCCCGAGCGACACCGCCCGGACGCCGUCAAACCCAGAGCUGGCCGAGAAUCCCCCGCAUAUCCGGCGCCACUUGACACCGACCUCGGGCUACUUCAGGAGAAGCUCUUUGCCCCGGCCGCAUUCGUCAUACUCCAACUUCUCCGACUAUGGCCCGCGCGGCAGGUCCCCCAACCUCAUGCCGGGCGGCUCCCACAUGCGCGCCCCCUCGGUGCAGUCCCGCAAGUCGCCCGACGUGCGCCCGUCGUCGUAUGCGGAGCUCCUCAACGUCCCCUACCCCCAGCAGGCGCCGGCGCCCCUGUCCCUCGACAACUCCAACCUGCGGACUGUGGUCGGCAACAAUGCCUCGCUGCUAAGCGCCCAGAAGACGCUCGAGAUGUACCGCCAAAAUGUGAAGAAGACGAAUGACUUCUCCAUACAGUAUUCGUUUGCCGUGUUCCUGAUCUCGUCGGCCAUGGAGCAGGGUCUGGACGUGUCGGACCCCAAGGCGCGCAAGAACAGCCCGCAACCGCUCAGGGAUCUCGACAGCCCGAUCGUGGAGGGCUCUGUCGCCAGCCCGUACGAGCUCGUCCGCGAGGCCCGACAGAUCCUGCAACGCCUGGCCAACGGCGGCUACCCCUUUGCCCAAUACUAUCUCGCAGACGGCUACGCUUCUGGUCUUUUCAGCAAGGGCAAGGAGGACUACAACACAGCCUUCCCGCUGUUCGUUCUGGCUGCCAAGCACGGCCACGCCGAAUCCGCGUACCGCACGGCCCUCUGCUACGAGUUCGGCUGGGGCUGCCGCAAGGAUCCGGCCAAGGCGGUGCAGUUCCUCCGGACGGCCGCGGCCAAGAGGCACCCGGGAGCCAUGACGCGACUCGGCAAGGCUUGUCUCUCGGGUGAUCUGGGCGAGAAGCGGUAUCGUGAGGGCAUCAAGUGGUUGAAGCUGGCCACCGAGGCUGCCGACUCACAGUACAAUGCGGCGCCUUACCAGCUGGGCUGCCUAUACGAGACGGGAUACGGCGACGACGUGUUCCAGGAUCACAGCUACGCCGCAGAGCUGUUCACGCAGGCGGCCGACCUGGGUCACCCAGAGGCUAACUACCGCAUGGGCGAUGCCUAUGAGCAUGGCCUCCUCAGCUGCCCCCGGGACCCGGCCCUCAGCGUUCACUUUUACACGGGCGCUGCCGAGCGCGGGCACGCCGCAGCUAUGAUGGGCCUGUGUGCCUGGUACAUGGUCGGGGCAGCGCCCAUCCUGGAGAAGGACGAAGAGGAAGCAUAUGAGUGGGCGAGACGCUCGGCAGAGCUUGGCUACGUCAAGGCGCAGUACGCGGUUGGGUACUUCACCGAGUCGGGCAUAGGCUGCCGCCGCGACAUACUGGAAGCCAACGUAUGGUACGUCAAGGCCGCAGACGCCGGGGACGAAAGGGCGAAGCAGCGCCUGGCAGUCAUUCAGGCGGCCGUCAGUGGCGGAGGCACGCCGAUGGAUGUGGCUCCCCCGCGCAACGGCAAGGUGACCAAGGGCGCCAAGGACGACAAGGAGUGCGUCGUAAUGUGA